AAGCAACUAUCAAUUACGAAAACUCAAAAAUAUAGGAAGAGAAAAAAAAAGAUAUGAAAGUAACACAAAAGCCAAAGAUAAUAUUCAUCCCUUAUCCGGCGCAAGGCCACGUCACUCCGAUGCUUCACCUUGCAUCGGCUUUCCUCAGCCGUGGAUUCUCCCCUGUCGUUAUGACUCCCGAGUCUAUCCACCGUAGGAUCUCGGCUACUAACGAGGAUCUUGGGAUCACGUUCUUGGCCUUAUCUGACGGUCAAGAUCGUCCGGACGCACCUCCCUCGGACUUCUUCUCGAUAGAGAACUCAAUGGAGAACAUCAUGCCACCACAGCUCGAACGGCUCCUACUAGAAGAAGACUUGGAUGUGGCUUGUGUUGUGGUUGAUUUGCUGGCUUCGUGGGCUAUAGGAGUGGCUGAUCGGUGUGGAGUUCCGGUCGCCGGAUUCUGGCCGGUGAUGUUCGCUGCUUACCGUUUGAUCCAAGCAAUACCGGAGCUAGUCCGAACAGGCUUAGUUUCCCAAAAAGGUUGUCCUCGUCAACUAGAAAAAACAAUAGUCCAGCCAGAGCAACCGCUCCUAUCCGCAGAAGAUCUACCGUGGCUGAUCGGAACUCCCAAAGCUCAGAAAAAACGAUUCAAGUUCUGGCAAAGAACUCUAGAACGAACAAAAAGUCUCCGUUGGAUCUUGACAAGCUCCUUUAAAGAUGAAUAUGAAGAUGUCGACAACCACAAAGCAUCCUACAAAAAAUCUAACGAUUUAAACAAAGAAAACAAUGGUCAAAACCCUCAAAUCCUUCAUUUAGGUCCAUUGCAUAACCAAGAAGCAACAAAUAAUAUAACUAUAACCAAGACUAGUUUUUGGGAAGAAGACAUGUCUUGUCUAGGUUGGCUUCAAGAACAAAACCCGAACUCAGUCAUUUAUAUCUCAUUUGGAAGUUGGGUUUCUCCUAUAGGAGAAUCAAAUAUUCAAACGUUGGCAUUGGCGUUGGAAGCGUCAGGGAGACCUUUCCUUUGGGCGUUAAACCGAGUGUGGCAAGAGGGACUACCACCAGGUUUUGUGCAUAGAGUCACAAUUACCAAAAACCAAGGAAGGAUCGUCUCAUGGGCUCCGCAACUUGAAGUUCUUAGAAACGAUUCUGUGGGAUGUUACGUGACUCAUUGUGGCUGGAACUCGACUAUGGAGGCAGUGGCAAGUUCCCGGAGGCUACUAUGUUAUCCGGUGGCCGGAGACCAGUUUGUUAACUGUAAAUACAUCGUGGACGUUUGGAAGAUUGGAGUGAGAUUGAGCGGGUUUGGAGAGAAGGAGGUUGAAGAUGGACUAAGGAAAGUAAUGGAGGAUCAAGAUAUGGGUGAGAGAUUGAGGAAGUUAAGAGACAGAGCAAUGGGGAAUGAAGCUCGUUUGAGUUCGGAAAUGAAUUUUACAUUUUUAAAAAACGAGCUUAAUUAGACGAGCGAAGAGUGUCGAUGUCAUAAUAUUUAUAUUUUCAUUGUUUUAACUUCAAAAUAAGCACUUGAAAAUGUAUAGUGUUUUCGAACAACUUGAAUCAAUGAUGUUUUGAUUCAACGAUUGUAGUUUUUAUUUGGUUAAACAUUUGGUAUGAAAGCAUUUUAACCAUAUUAACG